UUGUCAAUCCAUUCGCAUUUGCAAAACAAUACGCAUAGAAAACGGUGGAGUUGAUAGCUGAGUGUUGUGAAAAAUUUUGCAAAAAUUCUAUAUAAUUGUACAUUAUAUAGGUGAUUAUUUACAUAUAAAAAAGAAGUGAGUGCUAAAAUAUGUAAAGAUGAAUUCGAUCAAACUUUAACAACGUGCGGUGUUAAACGUUCACAACUUUGUUGUUAAAAUUAGUGUGUCUUAAUAAUUGUAAAAACUGCCGCAAUUCAUUUUAUUAUAAGACUAAACACUACGAAUCCGGUGAAAUUGCAUUAAAAGCACAGUCAACAAAUUGUGUAAUAUAAAUAUUAUUGCAAAUUAAGUUAAUACAAAAAUCUAAGUAACACAAAAUGUUGUCUUCACCUUCGAAUUCACCACCUUCUUCCGAGCCGAAACAAAGCGACACAACAAGUGAUGCACACAAUUCGCCACAAUCACCGCAUACAAACCAUAAUCACAAUCAUAAUAAAAAAUUAAAAUCAGCAUGCAAUAGCACUGAUGGUGGCAGUGUUGAAAAAUUCUCACCUGACCAAGAUAUAUUUAUCAAUCCAGCUGAUGGCUUGCCAAGUCAGCAUCCCACAUUGCCAGAAGCUGAUAUUGAUAGUGAUGCUGAACCGGAAGUUGAUCCGGAUUCAUUUGAUGAUUUGCCUACAUCGAUUAUAGUGACCAAUAUACACUCCGAAGUGUUCACCAAUCCACAAUUAAAACAAGAGAUGGAAGAUCUAUUUCGAACAUUCAGCGAGUCAGCUACAUUUCAAUGGUUGCGCAGCUUCCGCCGUUUGCGUGUAAAUUAUGAUAACGCUGUUGCAGCAGCCAAUGCACGUAUUAAAUUGCAUCAGUAUGAGUUUAAUAAAAAAACUGUUAUAACAUGUUAUUUUGCACAACCUGUAACACCAGUUUCGAAUAAAAAUCUUCAACCACCAGCACCAGUUAAACAGUUCCUGAUUUCACCACCGGCAUCUCCCCCAGCAGGCUGGGAGCCACGUGAAGAAAAUGAGCCGCUUGUAAAUCAUGAUUUACUUGCAGCAUUAGCUAGUCUUACUCCAGGUGAAGCGCAUGAGUUACAUCCACAGAGUGACGAUCAACCAGCUAUAAUUGUACAUACCGCCAUGUUACCAGAAGCGGGUGGACCUAAUAUAUUAAGUGGCGCCAAACAACCAAUUGUACAGACAAAAUGUCCCGAACGAGCGUAAAUGUAUGGUUAGAGAAAAGAGGCUGUUAUCUGUAGAAAUGUUGUAUUGAAAAAGUGAUGGGUUAGAUACUUUGAGUGUUAAAAAUAGGGUAAUGUGUAUGCUCUACAAUUACUAUAUAUUAUGAUAAAAUAUUAAUUUGGCGAUUUUCUUAUUUUUUGAAUAUUUUGCUACAUUUUAAAUUAAAUUUUUUUUAUCAUAUGUAAAAGCACAAUUUGAACAGUGACAUUUUUUGUUACAAGUGUUAUACGAUUUUGAAACUGUUAUACACCAUUGUGUAAUACUUGAAAUUUUCUGUCUAAACAGAUAACUUCAUUAAAUGCGUUAAGCUGGUUAUAAAAUAACAAGAUACACAGGAUUGCGUGAAAAACGAACAGCAAACUAGAACAUGAUUUUCUCUCUAGAUAAAGAGCAAAUCUUUCUCUCUAAAGAGAAAGCAAAUGAAAAUAUUAUCAGUUUUUCAUUAAAAUACAUCAUUUCUAUAUUUUACACAAAACUCUGCAUUAGCUGAUUUGACUUUGGAUGGAAAAGAGCAAUUUACCAAAUGAAUAUGCGUAGCCCGCAACACUGUAAAUGAAGUUAUCUGUUCAGUCAGUUUGAUGUAUAUUAAAGUAAGGCGUGAUCAUUGUUUACUAUAUGUGCUACUUCGCAUAUCGAGACAUGCAUGUAUGGCACACUAUACAUACAAACUCAAAUUAUUUUCGUGUCGAAAAUAAAUUUUAAACUACAUUUUAAAAACAAAUAUAUAUAAAUAAAAAAUUAUGCAGAUAUAUGUUACACAUAUGUAUAAGUGAAAUAAAAUAUUUUAAGUAUUGCAAUUAAAUUAAAUGUUUUAAACAAAUUUGAAAAAAAACCAUUAGAUUUGGUCUUAGCUUAAUUAUAAUACUAUACAAUAUAUAUAUAUUAAAAGAUGAACUAUAGAGC